GUAUGUCCUUUCCCGUAUUCCGUAGGCAUUCCUUCACUGUCGGUGUGCAGAGACGGCUUCGGUAAACCCCCAAAUCCCGCUCCAGCUGUACAUUAUGGAAGAGAUUAAUAACGUAGAAGUCGUUCCGUGCACAGAGUCCGAAUACCUGAAGCCGUUCCGGGUGCUCUACAAUCAGAAUGGCACAAAGAAAUCCUGGGACUUUAUGCAGAGUCACGACAGCGUAUCUGUGCUGCUCUUCAACACCACCUCACACUGUUUUGUCCUCGUCAAGCAGUUCCGUCCAGCCGUUUACAUGUGUGAGUGGGAAAAGGCCAAGACGAAGACCUCUCAGGGCGCCGAAAAGACCGAAGAGGGCGACGCCUCCGAAUCUCAAGAGGGCCAGUCGGCCUCGGCCGAGGAGAGCUCUCCUUCGUCCCAGUGGCCCCCGGCCUUGGCGGGGGUCACCUAUGAGCUCUGCGCCGGCCUGGUGGACAAACCGGAUCUGUCGCUGGAGGAGAUCGCCCGGCAGGAAGUGCUGGAGGAGUGUGGCUACGAUAUACCAGCCUCCAAGCUGAAGAGGAUUACUUCGUUCAGAACAAACGUGGGUUUAAUAGGUUCGAAGCAGACCAUGUUUUACGCCGAGGUUUCCGACGACAACUGCGUGAGCGCCGGCGGAGGCGACCCGCGCGAGGGGGAACUCAUCGAGGUCGUCAAAGUCCCGCUGCACGAGGCCAUGACGUUUGCCUACGACGAACGUAUACCCAAAUCCCUGGGCCUCAUUUUUAGUUUCAUCUGGUUCCAUAAUAACAUGUCUCCCAAGUACAAGAUAUCCACCAAUGUGUAACUAACAUUAGCCACUAUUUCUAUUAUUUACUGCAUAUUAAAGUCAAACACACUGGCCCGGCACACCCUCUGCUCCCUCACAGCUCAUCAUCCUGUGUUGCCUUUUCUGCUCAUUGGUACACAAAGCAGGGUGGGCUCCUUCUUUUGUCUUUAUCACUUCUUUUUUAAAUUAUUUUUUAUGUAUUUUAAAUAUUCUCCUACAAAGAACCAGUUUGGCGCUGGUGCAGCUUCUCUUAAAUAAUUUUUUAAUAUGCUAAUUAUCUAUUUCUCAUGUGCCAUCUCUUGUUAAUGGCUUCAUAUCACUCGUCAUAUUUGCCUGCACAAUUAAAGGAAGGCUCUGGCGCUCUUGGA